AUGACUCGGGUGAGAGCUUAUCUAGGGACUCUACUUCCUCCGCCGAACGACCCCCUGCAGUACCUUCCUGCCGUCCUCCACCCGGGUAGCAUAUCGAGCACUACCCCCAGUCCCUCGUGCGGGAUCACGAUUCUCUCACCAUCGCACCCGCUAAGUCUAGAGAUCUUCGCCGCUGGGAACCACUACCCGUUUACCCACCAAGGCUUAGACACCCUUGCCCUCGAUCCGGGUAUAGUGCGGUCCUGGCAGUAUAUUGGCGGGGCCGUUAGCCACUCUCCACUAAUAGUGCUCCGGGCUUACCUCUAUACGAAGCUCCGGUGCCAUGCCGCUCUCGAAGGCUAUCGGUUCCGGUCCUACGGGACCCGCGAGGAAUACAGAGUGACCGGGGCCGUUUUCAAAGCUAUGGACGCUAUCUGGCGUGCACGCGGAACGGCCGAUAUGCCGCUUAUCCUGCCUGAGCGGGUGCAGGAGGGCAUGGCGCUUGGCGUACAUCUUAAUCGCACCGGCUACGCCUGGAUGGCCGAUAAGAUCGAUUGGGCGGCGAUGAUCUUCCUGCCUACCCACCGUCCACACCUUGUGUUUAACACGCCUAGUCUCCAAUCUGCCUAUCACGCGCGGUACUGGCAGAUCGUCCGCGCCCGGGAGGACUUUAUCCUUUUCUAUGACAUCUUUAGUCGCCUCUAA